AUGAAGGGUCGAAAGAUACAAUGUGGUCAGACACGUCAAUGUUCAGUCUAUAUGGGUUAUCGGUAUAUAAAUCGUUAUGCGUUGUUAUGCUUCAUUAUUUUUUCAUUUUGGUGGAUUAUUUUUCGUUGUAAAAAUAAUAACUGUGAAGAUUGUCAACGAAUAAUAUCAAAAGAUGAAUCAAUCGGAUCCUAUGAUAUACCGAAUAUUGUACAUUUUAUUACCUGUCAAGGUGAUGCAUCAGAAACAGUACUCGAUGAACUUGGUCCACGACUUGGUUAUCGUCGGAUGGAGCGAGCUCCUGAUGAAUUUCAAUUGAUCAAUUAUCUCGUUUUGCUUUCCGCUCGUAAUAAAAUCAAACCCGAUCAAUUAUAUGUUCAUUAUUCUUUCGAACCAACUGGCUACUGGUGGACAAAAGCUAAGCAAGAUCUUGAACUAAAUUUAACGCUUAAUAAAAUUCCUUCGAUAACAUCAAUCUAUAAUCAUCCACUAUACCAUCACGCUCAUCGUACUGAUAUAGCACGUCUAGAAAUUCUUGAUAAAUACGGUGGUAUUUAUCUUGAUCUCGAUGUUCUUUCUUUAAAAUCAUUCUCAUCAUUAACAUCGAAUCCGCAUCACGUUGAAGCUAUAUUUGCUUGGGAAAGAAAGAAAUUCAAUACUAUAUGUAAUGCUGUUAUUAUAGCACCAAUUCAUUCAAAAUUCCUUCGACGUAUUUAUCAUUCCUAUCAAAGUUUUAAUUCUUCAUGUUGGGGUUGUCAUUCAGUGGGGUUAACAGGCCAAUUGGCAAAUAUAUAUAAAAAUGAAGUUCAUGUCUUACCUUCGAAAGCAUUUUUUACACCGUCAUGGUUCAAUAUUGAAGAAUUAUAUUUUCAAAUUAAUCGAAGAAAUCGCGCAAGUACACAGAAAAAUAUUGAAAUAGCUUUAACUCGUGAAGCUCAAGAACCUCGAAAUUCAGCAGCAGAUCCUUUUACACGUCGUCGGUGUGCCCCAAUGCUUGUAACACAAACUCCACUAAUUCAUUCAGCAGAAGAUCUAAAACGAGAAACAGAACGACGUGAAGCACAGACGAAGAAGAAAAAUGAAGAACAACGUUCAACAAAUGAAAAAAAUAAACUUUUAAUAACAAAAGAUACAACAACAAAAAUUACCACUCAUAACAGAACAGAUAAACCACAUACAGAAAAAAGUUUUACAAUGACAACUGGUGAACGUGGUUCAUUUACAUCAUUUUCCGAGCAUAGUGAUGAAAUGUUCGCAUCUCAUGAUUUUGAACUGGAUCUAAAUAUAAAAUUGUUUCCUGAUUAA